GAACAAACCCUUCCCCCUCUUUCUUCGUAGCAUUGAAGCAGACAAGCGCCCUCCUUGCACAUUACGUGAGGUGCGCAGCGGCCCUCCUUUCCCUUCUCUCUCAUGGCUUCUCCUCUCUGAUAAGAGAAAAACACAGAAAAUAAAACCCUAGAACUCCAAACACUUCAGAGAGAGAGAGAGAGAGAGAGAGAGAGAGAGAGAUGUCGAAAUCUCUUCCUUAUUCCAUGAAAGAUGUCGAUUACGACAACGCCAAGUUCCGCCCCCGAUCCUUGUUCAAGGUGAUUUCUCAAGCUCCUCUUACUAGUAACAUGAGACGUGAAUCACGUGAUUGUAUAAGAUGUAGCAUGGGAAAAUUUCUGGUGUUAUUGAUGAUUGGUGGUCUAGCAUGUCUGAUGCUAACGCAUAAAAGUCCUGUCCGUGCUGCCUCAAAUGGACUUGCAAAAGGUAUUGUCAAUUAUGGAGAAGGUAAUAUUGUGAAGGAAGGCGCUAAUAAGCUUCGGAGACUUUGGAGAAGACCACCAAGGCUUCCACCACGACUGCCACCUGAUGAAAAAGGUAGUAGUAAUAGUUCUAUUCUUGAUUCAGACAAGGUAAGCACAAUGUCAGAAUGGCUUUCCCGACAAGGAAAGGUUAAAGAGGCAUUCAUUCACGCAUGGUCUGGUUAUCGGAAGUAUGCAAUGGGUAAUGAUGAGCUUAUGCCGCUGAAACAGAAGGGAGUUGAUGGUUUAGGAGGUCUAGGUGCUACAGUUGUGGAUGCUCUAGAUACGGCCAUGAUAAUGGGUAUUGAUGAAAUUGUUUCUGAAGCAGGAAAUUGGAUAGAAAAACACCUAACUGAAAGGAUUAAUGAGAAAGGGUCAGUCAAUUUGUUCGAAACUACCAUCCGUGUUUUGGGGGGUCUUCUUAGCGCGUACCAUCUAAGUGGGGGAGAGCAGGGAAGGAUGGCAGAUUGGGGUUCUUCUAAUUCAUUUAAAGGACCUAAGCCUGAGAUUUACCUAGAAACAGCUAAAAACUUGGCCGACCGGCUGUUAUCUGCUUUUACUUCAAGUCCAACUUCAAUUCCUUUCAGCGAUGUUGUUCUUCGAGACCACUCAGCACAUCCAGCCCCUGAUGGAUUGAGUAGUACUUCAGAAGUUUCUACUCUACAGCUCGAGUUUAAUUACCUCAGUGCCAUUUCGGGUGAUCCAAAGUAUGGCAGUGAAGCAAUGAAAGUUUUGGAGCAUUUAAAGACUCUCCCUAAGGUGGAAGGACUAGUACCUAUCUUUAUCAGCCCUCAAUCAGGUGAGUUCACUGGUGAAAAUAUUCGACUGGGAUCUCGCGGUGACAGCUAUUAUGAGUAUCUGAUAAAAGUUUGGCUUCAGCAAGGGACAAGUCGAGAUAAUCAUUUGAAGUAUUUACAUGAGAUGUAUGAAGAAGCAAUGAAGGGUGUCAGGCACCUUCUGGUUCGGAAAUCUAUUCCAAAAGGCUUGGUUUUUGUAGGGGAGCUGCCUUAUGGAUCCCAUGGUUCCUUUAGCCCUAAGAUGGAUCACCUGGUUUGUUUCUUGCCAGGCACUCUUGCUCUUGGUGCUACCAAAGGCAUUACGAAGAAGGCAGCGAUGAGAGCCAAUUUGCUUACAUUUGAAGACUUGGAGAAUUUGAAGCUUGCUGAAGAUCUGGCAACAACAUGCUUUGAGAUGUAUUCAGUGACAUCUACUGGUCUUGCACCUGAAAUAGCGUACUUCCAUAUAGAGGGUGAUUCUGAAGGAGGACCUGAUGGUGGUAACAAAAGUUCUGAGUACGUGAAUGAUAUAAUAAUUAAACCUGCAGAUCGCCACAAUCUUUUACGCCCUGAAACCGUGGAAUCACUGUUCAUGUUGCACCGAAUCACAGAAGACCCAAAAUACCGUGAAUGGGGUUGGCAGAUAUUUGAGGCCUUCGAAAAAUAUACCAAGGUUGAUUCUGGGGGCUAUACUUCUUUGGACGAUGUCACUGUGGUGCCCCCUCAGAGAAGAGACAAGAUGGAGACCUUCUUCUUGGGGGAAACACUCAAGUAUUUGUACUUGCUGUUUGGAGAUAACAACAUUCUUCCUCUGGAUAAGUUUGUUUUCAACUCAGAAGCUCACCCUUUUCCAGUCAAUGGGAUGUCUAAGGUGUAAUGUUCUUACUGGAAUCUUUCUGAGUAUAUCAUGUGAAGGAAAAUGCGAGGGAGUGCCAUGUUAUUUUGGAGAGGAAGAUAAUCAGGUUUUCUUGGUAUCACCAAAGCAUAGCCUGACCUGCUUGUGUGUUUGACGAUUCACCUGGAAAGACUGACACCGGCUAGAUUACAGGAGGAAUUGGCUGUGGCCCCACAAGGAACUCUACCUGUUUGGACAUGGAUGUCGAUAUUAUCUACAGGGUUGCUUUUGAGUUUCAGUGCCCGUGUGUGUUCCAAAACUUGUUGUAUUUUUGUUUCUUUUUCCCUGGCUUAGUCCAAGUUUUUCCUCAGAGCAUUGUUCAUUUGAUUUGCAUCCUUCCAUACAUCAUGCUUACAAUUAGUGUCCAGGCCCCUUUUUUUGCUCUUCUUUUUUCAUAUAUAUAUUUUUUAUACAAGUUGAUGUCAUUUCUAGGGACAGGGGCUUUAUCGAUUAAUAACAAAUUAAGUGCAGCCAAAUUUAUUUGAAAUACUUAUCUUUCCAGCACGAUAGCUGGUUUUGAGCAUCUGAGUUUGUUAAUUA